AUGCCGCGCGUCGUCCAUAAUUCCAUGAUGUCGACAUCUGUGGAUGCAUCUUUCGCGAACGAUAGCGGAAAAAGAAAUGAGAACAGUCGAGGAAAUCGACUCGCCGGUGGCGGGCAAACGAAGAGAACACACUCGACGCAUUGUGGUUCCAAGUGGCCCAUCUGGAAACGGAGCUGCGGUGCAAACUAUCCGUUGGGGAGAGGAGGGAGCGCUGCUCAAGCGGGAACUGUGGCCACAUCAGGCGAUGCUCGUGUGGAGAAACUCAUGGCCACCAAGCGAUUUUACAUGACUCAAAACGUACAGCUGCUAGACACAUUAAAAGGCGGCAGGGCCAACUCGGCGCCGGCCACACCAUUGGGGUCAUCGUCGCUGGAAGUCGACGCAUUUUUGAUUCACUUCCUAGGGGUCGACGACGCCCAGGAGAUCGAUGGCAUUUCGUGCAUUGCUCGCACAAGGGGCGUGGGUCAGGACAAGGCCAUCUGCAUGCCUCUCGUGGACGAUGUUAUCGACCACAAGAAGCAGCAGCUGCAGCGCUACCUCAUCUUGCAGCGCGAGAGCCUAGCGAACGGGACGUGCAGUUUGAAGACGGGAUCCCCCGAAGAAACCAAGGCCACGAUCGAAGGCAUGGUGCAUUCCCAGUAG